UUGGUUGCUAUGUUACCCAAAAACAAACAUAGCACCUCAUAGCACCAGCACCAGUUUCGAAACAACUUUGAACGCAAUUUUUACUAAAUAUCUUGCUUUACAAUUGAAAAUGGCAGAGGAAUUGCAAAAGGCGCAUUUAUUUUAUGACGAUAUUCAUAAAAUACGCGUUUUAGAACCCGCUGUCCUCAAAGAAACUGAAAACGUAAAAGACACUUGCAAAGACUAUGAAACAAAACUUCAAGACUUCGGGAAGAUCAUCAAUUCACUGCUAGAAAUAUUAAAACAACUUGGGGAUAAUGUUGAAAAACAGAAAAUGGCUGCUAUUGGUUCUAUGAAUUUGUUAAAAUCCAUAGCGAAGGAAAGAGAGUCUGAACAAGCGAAGUUGCAAGCAGAAAUAAAUGACAAGACAAUGAUUCUAGAGCAGCUCGACAGUGAAUACGACGCUCUUCAGAUCUUGGAAGCAACUCAAAUAGAAACUACUGAAUACCUCACACAACUCAGAUAAUUUAUCACAAAAAACGUAUUGGUAAGCCUGAAUAAAGUAGCUAUUUGUAAAUGAUUCUUCUUUUAAUUUUCAUUGAUGUUACUAGGAACAAAUAACUUUCUUUCCAUUUCAUCUCAUAAUGAUUCAAAGGUAAAGUAGGCAAUUUAUAAAGAAAACCAUGUUACAGUCUGUAAAAAUGUAAUUUUCAUUGAAACACACAUGAAAAUGAUAGUACAGUUAUUAUAAUUGAACUGUAUUUAAAUCGUAGUGGGGUUAUCUGCAUAAUUGUAGUUGUAAUAAUUUAUCAAACGAAACAAAUCACAAUGAAAAAAAUCCCAUUUUGGAAUA